AUGGGUUACUUGCUGAAAGAGGUUUUGAAAACUCUCUGUGGAGUCAACCAGUGGUCUUAUGCUGUGUUCUGGAAGAUGGGCUGCCAAAAUCCUAAUCUGUUAAUCUGGGAAGAAUGUUAUUAUGAAGCGGCAUCAUCUUUUGACAGCCUUACGGGAUUUUCUGGAAAAGAGAAUCUAGAUAUCAAUUUUCAGGAUUACAAUAAUUCUUCUGUUCAGUCUGAAAGCCUUAAUUUGCAGGCUGCUCUUCCCGCGAGGGGAAAGGUGCACAUUCUUGUGAACAAGAUGCUGGCUGAUGGUAAUGUGAAAGUUGUUGGAGAAGGAUUGGUUGGAAGGGUUGCUUUUACUGGAAACUAUCAAUGGAUAUUGUCUGAGAAUUAUUGCGGCGAACCCCAGUCACUAGAGGUUCUGAAAGAGGCCCUUCAACAAUUUUCAGCUGGCAUGCAGACGGUCACCAUUGUUCCUGUUCUUCCUCAUGGGGUAGUCCAAUUUGGUUCACAUGUGGCUAUCCCAGAGAAUAUUGGAUUUGUUAAAGACGUGGCGUCAUUAAUACUCGAAUUGGGAAAUAUACCGGGCGUAUUGCAAUCUGAAAACCAUGAAGCAAAAGAACUCAUGCAUGGGCUUUUGCCUCUCGGAUCGAAUCUUAUCAGUAUUUCUUCUUACUCAGCCGACAGUUUUAGGUCCCCCGAAUACUUGGCUCAAACCUCCGGGUUUGGCAAUGAUCUAACAUCUUUUCAAGCCUCAAACUUAGUAGGCUCGUCCCAUCUCGAAACUUACGAAACCAAAAUCACUGCCCCACAUUUAACCUCACCAAACCAGUUCACAAAUGGAGUUUCUAAUAAUUUCAAUGCAUGGACAAAUCUACAAUCUGCUUCUAUGAACACUCGUGUGCCCAAAAAGGGCUUAGCCACAACGGGUCUUAAAGAUCCAAAAAUUUCUGGACUGUUGAAUUUCCAUGAUGCCGUUGACCAGUGUGAGGGUGGCUUGUUCGAUGCCUUAGGUACUGAUUUUAAGGAAAAGAUGCUAAAUAGCCAUACAGUAAAUGAGCCUGAAAAGAUGAGCCUUCCAGAUUUCUGUCCGCCUGGCCCUGUAAAAUUGGAGAGUGGGAUUUUGUCCUUCAAAGGUGCCGACCAUCUUCAAGAGGCCAUGGUCUCUAAAGGCAAAUCAAACAGGAGCUUAGAUGAAAGUGUUUCUUGCAUGUCAAGUCUGACCAAUAUUAGUGACUCCUAUGCUUCAAAGGCUUUGUUCCCCCAAGGGCUUUUUGGGAACUUUGAUCACGAGAAGGGGGAAUUGUUUGGCACUUCAAAUUAUAAGGGAAAAGAGGUUUCAAGUACAUAUUCACAGGGGAGUUGUGUUUAUGAUCCAUGGGCUGCAAAGGGGUUCGGUUUGAAACAGAUUGAGAGUUUGGCCAGCGGACAUUCUACUAAACCAAAUGUGAGCAGCAAACCCAGUCGUAAGAGGUCUAAACCGGGCGAGAACCCGAGGCCAAGGCCAAGAGAUCGCCAGAUGAUCCAAGAUCGGGUGAAGGAAUUGAGAGAAAUUGUUCCCAAUGGUGCAAAGUGUAGCAUUGAUUGCCUUCUGCAACGUACCAUCAAGCAUAUGCUUUUCCUGCAAGGUGUCACCAAACAUGCAGACAAGCUGAAGCAAACUACAGAAUCAAAGAUUAUCAGCAAAGAUGGCGGUUCGCAUUUGAAAGAUAAUACUGGAGGAGUUACGUGGGCCUAUGAAGUGGGUUCACAAUCAAUGAUUUGCCCAAUCAUAGUUGAGGAUAUAAGUCAACAACCCCAUCAAAUGCUUGUCGAGAUGGUUUGUGAAGAAAGGGAUUCGUUUUUGGAAAUAGCCGGUAUAAUCAGGGGACUUGGGUUAUCCAUUUUGAAGGGGAUCAUCGAAAAUCGGGAUGGCAAGGUCUGGGCACACUUCACUGUGGAGGCUAACCGCAAUGUGACAAGGAUAGAAAUCUUGCUCUCGCUUGUUCGUCUCUUGGACAAAAAUGUGAAACAUGGUUUUUCCAAGUCCAAUGUCCAAACUGAAAAUGUGAUGGUCCAAGAUUGUCAGCAAGCAGCCUCCGUCAUAUGUUAA